CUGGCAUCCAGGUAAAGACAGAGCUGUAUAAAACGCAUGGUAAAUAACAGAUUACAGUCAUCUCUUCAUACAAGAAUAUACCAAGAAAAAUGUGGAACUCCAUUGUGUUUCUAAGCAUUUUAAACUCAGCUUUCUGCAUUCCUAUUAAUACUCCUAAGAGAUAUUUUACAUGGAAUGGAUUAGCUCUCAAUCAAUUUCAGAGGCUUAAUGGUGGAACUGUAAAAACACAGGAAAAUAAUUUGUCUAAAGGAACAAAUAAACAAUAUCCCUCCAGGUUUUUGAAAAUCACAGACCUUCCCAAGUACUUUAGAUCUAUGCGCACUCUGCCUAGUUCUGCAUUUAGAAAUGGGCUGCCUGCUUUUCCAGGCACUCUUACUUCAUCAGGAUCUGGUAUUUCAUCUCUUCAGCUGCCUACUCAUUCUCUUAACUUCAAUCAACUAACAUCUUUAUGGAAGAAAGGAGCACAACCUGCCACUGAACUUCCAAAUCCUUCUGGACAGGCUUUUUUGUUGCCGCUCCCAGUUUCUGAACUUGAUCUUGAAAGUGCUAGUAGUUUCACUAAAGUGUUUAUAAUGACUCCCUAUUUUUCAAAUGACACAGAUGAUGAUCCAGACCCUUCACUUGGUUCACUUCUUCCCUCAAUACUCUUAUUUGACCCUAGUCUUGGCCCUUUAAAAUUCAAACCUGAACCACUUUUACCAAUACAUGGAUAUCAACCAGAGAAUCCACCAGUAUUUAAAAUCCCCUCAUCUUUUCCUUAUGGUAAUAUGGAAACAAGUACAGAAGCGCCAGUCACAGAGGUUUCAGGUUUUACAAUCCCCUAGUUGAGACUAAAUGAAAGAUCAAUAAUAUGCAAUUUAUUACAAUACAGUAUAUAAAAUGAAUAGAAAAUAUUUUAUAUCUAUCACAUUAUGGCUUGUAACUUGAAAAUGGCCUGGAAUUCUUAAAAUUAGUUAUUGAUGUUUUACACUAAAUUAGCAACUGUAAAUGUAAGUUAGGACAGGAACAAUUAGAAAAUACUGUAGAUUUUGUUUUGUUUUUACUUAACAUAGUUGCUGUACGUUAAAUUAGAAAAAGAACUGAGAAAGCUGAAAAUAAGUUUAACUUUUUAAUAUGCUUUAAACAAUCUAUGAAGGGCUAAGACCAAAUUCCAGAGUCACUUCAGCUGAUUUUUAUUUUCCGUGCUUUUCAUUGGGUAGAACAUAAGCGCACAAAUUUACUACUAUAAAAUGACAACAAGAUUUGCAUACAGAAACACACAUAUCAAUGGUUGACAAAAAUAUUUAUAGUAAGUUACAUAAAUGUAAAAACUGCAAUAUGGCCAAAAAAACUAAAAUUCUAGUCAACAGCAAUCUUAGACCAAAUAGACUUCUGGGUUUCCAUGGCUCUUUAUAACAGGCAAGAAGGUUGGUUAUGCUUCCCUGGUGGUUUUGAACUGAAAU